CGACAAGACGCGUUAGACCACGGGUCGAAAUGGUCCUCCCCACCACAAUAGACGAGGCUGGCUAUGGAAAUGGCUCCCCCCGCUCCCCGAAGAGCAUCUCCCAGCGAAUACCUCUUAUAUUCCGACGUCUACACCGCUUCCACCAGAUGGACUUUGAGGUCGCGGCAUGGCAAUUGACAUACCUGUGCCUGGCACCACGAAGAGUAUACAGGAAUGUGUACUUCCACAAACAAACGAAGAACACUUGGGCACGAGACGACCCAGCAAUCCUAGUUCUCAUCGCCGCGAGCUUAUGUGUAUCCGCCAUAGCUUGGGGCUUUGUCUACUCCUUCGGCUUGGUUGGCACCAUACGUCUCGCGAUCCUCAUGGUCUUGCGAGACUAUCUCCUCACGGGCAUCAUAGUUGCAACCAUAAUCUGGUUCACUGCGAACCGCCUCCUCCUCUCACCUCCCUCACACUCCACACCAGCCGACGCACGCGUCGAAUGGGCUUACGCGUUCGACGUGCACACGAACGCCUUCUUCCCCCUCUACCUCGCCCUCUACCUUGCCCAACUCUUCUUGCUACCUAUCGUACUUCGGGAUAACUGGGUAUGCAUGUGGGUGGGCAACACGUUAUACCUUGUCGGGUUCGCGCAGUACUUCUAUGGGAUCUACCUGGGCUUGAAUGCGCUUCCAUUCCUCGUGCGCUCCGAGCUGCUUCUCGCGCCCCUCAUCCCACUCUUCGGCGCGUACGUCGUGUCGUUAUUGGGGUUCAACACCGCGAAGCAUGUCCUCGACCUGUAUUUCCGUGCAACAUAGCGCUCGGUGCACGACGUUGGACGCUGGGCUCGGACCGUGUAGUUUAGUCGUAAGCCUGUCUCGCCG